AACGUUAGGUGGCAGUGUUUGCACCAUUCGAGUGAAUCGCAACCAACACAUUUCAGAAGAAGAAAUCCAGGGGUCCUAUCGAUAUUUACAAAUUGAUCAAGGAGCGCUUCUUGACGGACAUUUGGGUUGGCAAUGGACACAUUUGAUGGCGGUGCCAGUGAAAACACCAAUGAGGCCAAGACUAUUGGUGCGCAGAGCCUGUAUGCGACGCUCGGCUUGUCAUCAAAAGAUGUGGAUGCACUUGCUCAGAUUCCUGAAAGUGAAAUUAGCGUAGAAACCCUCCCUCAUCUAAUCAUGCAGCUCAAGACGAAGAGAGCCCAUAAUGAGUCAGCUACCGCAGACACCGACUUCAGAGACAAGUCCAGAAUUUCACAGGACAAGCUGAAUACACCCGAAAGAUGCACCAGUGACAGAUGCAGAAGCCCCUUGACUUCCAGCUCAGCGCGGCGCUCUGGGAGCCACGGAAGCCAUCAUGGGAGAGGGGAGGGGCAUAGGAAAGUUGAGAAGUACAACCUAACCCCAGGAGGAAGAAAAGAAAUGGGUUACAGGAAGUCAUCCCGUGAAAGACAAAGCGGGCAUCAUGUGACUGAGGAGACGGAGUCUGGUGACAUCCCAAUGGUUUUCCCACACAAAUGCUCUCUUUGCAAGUGUGUGCUGAAUUCCAUGAAGACAUGGAAAGACCAUCUUUCAGGUGUCCGCCACAAAUUACGUGAAUCGGAACGAAGUACUCGCUCAUUUCCACCCCCUAAAAAACCCUGCAACUCUGACUGGGAUCAGUACAUGUCCACCACAUCAGACCACCUCUACCCUCCUAAGCCCAAUACAAGAGUGGUAGUUGCCAAAUUUCCUAUGGGUGCUGUGGCCGUGGGGGAGCUUUUAGAGCUUGGCAAACCAUUCGGCACAGUUGUGAAACACCUGGUGUUCCCAGCAAAGGGAUUUUUGGAGUUUAAUUCUCACAAGGAGGCUCAGAAUAUGGUCAAUCACUUCCAGUUGAAACCAGCCUUCAUAAAGGAGAACCCAGUAAUCCUCUACUUAUCACCAACAGUGGAAGGCAUUUAUACACCACCCAAGUUUGAUGUGCCUUCACCAAAACGAACAAAACGUUCAAAUGCGCCUUCAGUGGUUUGUUUUUCACGUUUGCCUCUGGGGGAGGACAUGGAGGCUGAAGUGCUGGAGCUUGCAGGCAUGUUUGGUGAGGUGUGGCAGUCAAAGUUCACUGACAGUAAGGCCUUGAUUGAGAUGGUUGACUGGCGUGAUGCUGACAUCAUGGUGAAGUAUUACUACAGUAACCCACUGAGGAUUCAGGGCAAAAGUGUUAAAGUGUCCAUGUCGCACAUCACAACCCUGAGAGAAAAUAGUCCAGAGUCUGUGACCAGAAAAUCGGACUCAAGCAAGUACAGCAGACAAAGAGAAGAGUCUACAUCUAGCAACAAGGACAAAAGUGACAGCUCAAACCAGGAAGCCACAGAGAAAGAAGACAAGUUGAUGGAAAGUGAAGACAAGGUUCUCGAUGAUGAGGAAGGAAUUCAGUUGGAGGAUGAACCUGGGCUGCUUGAUGAGGGGUCAGAAGGCAUUGUGGUUAAAACUGAGGAGAAAGAAAAAAAGGAAGAGGAGGAAAAGAUAGAAGAGGAGAAACCUGCCACUGCUGAGGAGGAUAAUAGAGAGAGAGGUUCAGAGCAGAAUCAAGAGGAAGAGGGUGAUUUGGAUGAUGCAGAAUUUCCAGAGAACAUAGAAGAUUUUGUUACAUUAGAUGAGCUGGACAACAAUGCAGGAGAUUCUACUGUGCCAAAGGAUAGUAAAGUAGUGGUGGUGUGGCCUGUAAAGAAGACCCCUGACUUGAUGAAGGAUCUUUACAGUCUGGCUGCACCCUUUGGGAGUAUGGUGAAGCAUUCUUUAUCCACAUUCAAACAAGAGGCUAUGAUCGAACUGGAAACAGCUGAUAACGCCCAGGAAAUGGUGCAGUUCUACAGCAAUCACAAGGCAACGAUAUGUGGCAGGCCGGUGUUUGUUUCCAUGUGCCUUACCAUGAAAACAAUAGAGAGCCCUAGUGGGAGGUCUGUUUUCAUCAGCUGUCUUCCCAACCAGAGGUACCUACGACAGAAAUACAUAGACAAAUCCCUCUUCAAACUGACUAAACCUUUUGGAAAACUGACUGGCUAUUGUAGCCCUAGUGGGAGGUCUGUUUUCAUCAGCUGUCUUCCCAACCAGAGGUACCUACGACAGAAAUACAUAGACAAAUCCCUCUUCAAACUGACUAAACCUUUUGGAAAACUGACUGGCUAUUCUCUGAACAGGAGAUACCCUGAAAAUGCAGAGGAAAGAAAGUCAAAAAAGGAAACAAAAGAAAUUAAACCAAGCACUGAAAGGACAGAAAAUGACCAGGUAAUCAAGACUGGAGCAAAGGAGAACCAGCACAGUUCUUUACCGGAUUGUGAAGGUGUUGGUGGGGAUCCAGUUUGUGAAACUAAAGGUUCGGAAGAGAAUAGUCAGCUGGACAAAACCCCUCUGAACCCUUAUCAACCAGACCAAAUUGUGGGUGUGAACUACGUCAUCCCAGUGACUGGUUUCUUUUGCAAGCUGUGUAACAUAUUCUACACUGAUGAGAAGAGAGCAAAAUCAGAGCACUGCCGCAGCCUUGACCACUACAACAACCUCAAGCUUAAACAUGCUGAAGUGGUGGAAGAGGCAGAUGGACACCCAGACGGCUGAGUGAAAGAAGACAAAGACAUUGUACUUUUGAGCCAUUGUUUUUUAUUUGUUUUCAUUCCAGUUAGUUUCCAUAUUCUUUCUGUUCAAUUGUUACAAGAGUGAGUGAGUGUAUGUGAGGCAGAUUUUGUGGACAAAAUUGUGUAGCCAUUGUGAUGGUUUGGAUGUUUAACAGUAAGUAGAACGAACAUGUAUAUCAGCUGAAGGAUAACAUUCUAAGCUCUUGAAAUAAACUCAUGUUUGUUUACUGUCACCUGUAUGCAUAGUAUGAAAGCUUCUCCAUUUCUACCUUGAUAAGAGCAGGUUACCAUUAGUUAUGCAAGCCACUUCAGUGUUCAUGACCGGUAAUGAAAUACACUGUGUGUGAGAGUGCAGGUCUACUUUGACAUAACACUGAAAUCUAAAAUGCUUAAACCUCACAGUAUUCAAUUAUUUGUAAAGAAAUUGGCCCCAAAACUAUAUGAAUGAGUGUACAAAUAUCCGUUAGUUCAGCAGACAUUACAAAUGUAUCUUACCACAAACCAAUACACUAUACCUUGCAGCUUGUGUCUGUGAAGGUCAGAAUUAAAUAAACGUCCAAUGAUUUGUACAAGUAGAGGCACAUUUGUGAAUACAGUGGUUCACGUUUGUGUAAAUAUAUCAACCAAUAUUCCAAUUUGAACACAAAAUGGUCUGGUGAAGAGUUUACCUUCUAAAAACACAAACAACUACCAGUGAAUAGUAAGAUAUAUUUGCAACAAUUAUCGAAAUGAUAGACAUCUGUGCACACAAUUAAAUAUUGAGACUAAUAUCUAGUCCUCUCUUUACAAUAGUCAAACAAUGCUGAAUAAAAAACAAACAAAUGUAUCUACAUUCCAAUACAUUUAAACUAAGACAUUUAGUAAAUAGCAAAAAAAAAAUGU